AUGAAGAUCCUACUUGCAGCAUCGGACAUCGGCGGUUUGAAGGAGAUCGUGUGUACGCGGGGCACAGAUACAUCCUUACAAAGUGCCCCCCAGCCAGAAGCACUGGAGACGUUUUGCGUGGAAAAGAGAGACACACACAUUUUACACAUAAGGAUAUACCAAGAUCGAUAUGUUGUUACCACGAGGCUUGGUGGCGUGGUUGAUAUUUACGAUUUGCAGAAUGCGUACGAGCUUGUGCGCAAAUAUGACAAUCUUGGGCUGGUGUCUGGGGAGCGAUUUAUCUCAUUGCUUGUUCCAAAGACUGGCGAUGCAUAUUGCUACGCAUGCACGGAUCGGGGCCAGGUUUUUGCGAUAAAUUUGGAGGAUCUAGACACGCAGCCGGAUGCACUACAGCUUCCAAUCAAGUACGUGGAAGGUAAGAAGGAAAUAUCGUGCUUUGCUCAGCAUCCUACGGAGAAAGAUGUAUUUUUGUUCGGCGGCAAGGAGAUCGACUUGCAUGUGACAAAGAUGGACCGCAAGGCCAAGAAAUUCAGCAUUGUGUUCAAGGCGAAGAACGUGUCCACAAACAGAAUCCAGCUCCGGGAGCCGAUAUGGAUAAGCAAGGCGGAAUUUGUCAGUGACAGCACAGAUUCGUUCGAAAUGUUAACAGUUACACGUCAGGGGCAGAUGAGGUACUACGACACCUCAAAGGGCAAGAAGCCACGUGCCAGCUACAAGAUAUCGGCGGAUGCGAUUGUGGCGAUGUCGCUUUUGGACACGGAGAAGAAGCAGGUGAUAUGCUCGGAUACUCAUCGGACUACUGCGAGGUUUGACUAUUCCCGUGGGCUCAUGGAGGGCAAAUACACCGGUUCUGUGGGCUCAACGGGUGCCAUUAGCGUGUUUAGGAAGUCUAACUUGUUGGUGGCAGGAGGCUUGGACAGAUACAUACGGUGUUACGAUAUUGGGAGCCGUGAAUGCCUGGUGAAGGUGUACGUUGGGACAGAAAUUGCGGAUGUGGUGAUUCUCAGCGAUGAGAGGGGAAAGAAGAGGGGUGAGAGGGAGCAGUCCAGCGGGCAGAAGGAGAAGGAGGAAAGUAAAGAUAAUAAAGGUGAUGAAAGCAAUGCUGAUGAAAACAAUGCUGAUGAGAGCGAUAUCGAUAGUGAUGACGAUGCCAUCUGGCACAGAUUGGAGAGCAACCUCGUUAGUGCCAGGAAGAAGCGGCGGUUGGAGCUAAGCUGA